AUGGGUACCCCGGAAACAUCCCGAGAGCCCUGCCCGGACCGGAUCUUGGACGACGUGGGUGGUGCCUUCGGCAUGGGCGCUGUGGGUGGAGCUGCUUUCCACUUCUUAAAAGGUAUCUACAACUCCCCAAAAGGGGAACGUCUGGCGGGCGGUUCCCAGGCUGUGCGCAUGAAUGCCCCACGCGUGGGGGGCAGCUUUGCCGUCUGGGGUGGGCUUUUCUCCACGUUCGACUGCAGCAUGGUGUAUCUUCGGCAGAAAGAAGACCCCUGGAAUUCCAUCAUAGCCGGAGCAGCCACCGGUGGGUUCCUCCAAAUGCGGCAGGGCCUUGGGGCCGCCUCAAGGUCAGCCGUCUUUGGUGGUGUGCUGCUGGCCCUGAUUGAGGGUGCCGGGAUCAUGCUCAACAAGAUCAUGAGUGCCCCACAGAACCUGCCGCCCAUGGAAGAGCCUGUGCCUGCCGGGUUCCCGUCCAUGGGGCAGAUUCCAGGUCAGGGCCCGGUGAGUGUUGACAGCCCGCCUUCGUCCACAUCAUCAUCGUCCUGGUUUGGGGGAUUCUUUGGUGGUGCGAAGGAGGAUGCGAAAGCGGGUGACAGCAGCAAGACAAAUGUUCUAGAGAGCUUUGAUGCGCCAGCCCCACCGUCCUUCGAGUACAAAUGA